CUUGCUAGUGGAAGGUGGGAGCCUCAUCGAAGAGGGGCCUCGCAAGUGGAGUAGGUCAUUUGACCGAACCACUCUAAAAAUCGGCGUAAUCUCUGGUUUGCUUUUUAUUAUUGUCAUUUACAUUACUGCAAAUCUUCUUACUGCUUUAGUUCCUUAUUACUCUUGCUGCGCAACUUUAAGAAUACGCCUUCAAGUUAAAUUUCUCAAGUUUCAUUCUUAACGUACGAAAGAUUUUGUUAAAAUCGAAGUUUUAAUCCGCUGCACUAAUUCACCCCCCCCUCUUAGUGCCGCUCCGAUCCUAACAGGGGUAAGGCAGAUACCGAACCUUUGCUCGGAAAAGGCCGAGGAGGGGCUUUGAUUUCUUUCAUAAGGACUACAUCGGGUAGCCACUAUAGGUGCUUGACCUCUCUCAUGGGGCCAGCGGUCGGAAGUCGUCCCUUCUCCUCCCGGCCGCCCAAGUCUCCGCUGCGAUGUACCGGUUAGCCCGUUGGAGCAUCUCUGGCACCGUGGUGGGAGGUCGCUCCGCGAGGGACCAGAGGAAUCUGGAAGGUUGCAGGCCUAUCAUGAGCGCCUGCACUAACAAAGAGGGGUGAGUGUCCGGCAAACCCCGGAUUUGCGUGGCAAAGCGAUCCACAAAAUGUGAGAGGGGCUCAUCCUCCCUUUGUCUGAGUCCAAGGAGCAGUGCCGUGGAAGGCUUCGGCCAUGCACAGGCCACGAAGUGGAGCUCGAAGUCCUUGACAAGCUGGUCGAAGGACGCGAUCGUUCCGGUAUUGAAGCCGCCAUACCAUGCAUGGGCCGGCCCUCUUAGAGUGGUAGGGAACACUCUGCACAUCAGAGCAUCAGAGGUCCCGUAUAGCAUCAUGUGGGCACGAAAAACAGCUACAUGGUCCGCCGGGUCGACGGAGCCAUCAAAAGCGUCCAAAGAGGGGAGCUGGAAGUCCGGGGGGACUGUCAGAUCCUGUAUCUCAGGCGAGAAGGGAGACCCUUGGUGUACGUCCUCCCUUAGCUCUCCCCCGGACCUGUGGACCUCUUUCUGCACCUCGUCAAGUCGUUGGCUGACGAGGCGCAACUGGGCCCACAGGGAGUCCGAAGAGAGUGCCUCGGGCUCCGGGCGGCCGCUCGGGUUUGCCAUCACCGAAUCCCUGAGUGAGGCCGGUCGGACCCGAGGCGAAGCGGGGGGCUCUGGAAGCGUCAUGUGGGCCCGAAUGGGCGCCUUGCUUUGUCGCAGUGGUUCGACCGCUGGUGGGUGCGCUGGAUGAGAAACGAGCGGGAUGAUGGUUUGCACCACAUCCAUCAAAGCUCGGACUUGACUAGUGAGGGCCUGAAAGGCCUCGGAUGGCACGGGCGUCGAGUCGGCUGGGGCGUCGUCAGGUGGUGACAAACUCGGGUCAUUGAAUAUUUGCCAAUAUCGUUCAGAGGUCAUGGCGGGGUGUUCGUCACGAUAGUCUCCGUGCGGGGGAUGUUCCUGCGAGGCUUCGGUCGGGUGUGACCUCUCAGCCAUAGGCUCAUCUGAGCCGCUCGGGUGAUCACCCGACAUUCCGGGCCCUCCUUCUAGCGCCAAAAUGUUAGUGUAAACAACCUUAAGCCGUGGCCUCGGGGCCGACGCGGCUUGGUUCGGGCCCGAAUGACGAGGGGGUCUUCCCGAGGUGGGCUUCGUGUCCGUCUCGGUGGUUGUGUAUGGUGUCGUUGACUCUUCCGGGAGGUGGCUCCUCGCAUGGGGGCCUAGCGGGAAGCCGUUGUCUUCGUACCUGCACAAAGGUCGGGUCGGCGUGCUCGGCCCGACCCCUCCGAUGAUCAAGUUAGUUGAUGUGGAGUGGGUUUUUAGAUGGAGAAGUCCCCCUUUUCCGUUCAGAAUGCAAGGGUAUUUAUAGGGAAGCUUAUUGUUUCCUGAUGUGCCCUUUUGCAGGGGGCAGGCUGGUAGCGUUUGACCUUGGUGUUGGCGUGGCGUGAAGAACCAAGCUUGAGCAGGGCAUUAAUGUGCCUCGGUCAGCGCUCCGGUUUGCGUUGACCUGGUGCUGUGAGGCGUCAUUCGGGACAACUGACGUCAUGCGCGUCUUAUCGCAUUUAUUACCCUCAUCAAAGACUCAGAGUCAAGUCAUCACCGGAUCCAUUUAACCGUGAUCACUGUGGUCAUUGCUCUCUUCAUCUUAAUCCUAGCUUUCGUCGGUUGCUGUGUUUGGAGAAGGAAGAAAAGAAGCAGCAGACGUAUGUCAGCCAUGGCCACCUCCUUCACAGACCGACAUAACGAUGAAGGAACAGAAGCGAAGGUCUUGGACCUCCCGUUGUUCGAUCUGGGAACGGUCGCGGACGCCACAGGCAGCUUUUCCAUAGAAAACAAGCUCGGCGAGGGGGGAUUUGGUCCCGUGUACAAGGGUAAGCUGGAGGACGAGCAAGAGAUAGCUGUGAAGAGGCUGUCCAAGACAUCGGUGCAGGGCCUCGAUGAAUUCAAGAACGAGGUGGUGCUGAUCGCCAAGCUGCAGCACCGUAACCUUGUUCGCCUUCUUGGUUGCUGCACUGAAGGAGAAGAAAGGAUGUUGAUCUACGAGUACAUGCCCAACGGAAGCUUGGACUCCUUCCUCUUUGAUAAAGCCAAGGGUUGGUUGCUGAAUUGGCCAACGCGUUACAGCAUCAUAGUUGGGAUUGCUCGAGGUCUUCUGUACCUCCAUCAGGAUUCCAGAUUGAGGAUCAUCCACAGGGAUCUGAAAGCUGGCAACAUUCUUCUCGACAUGCACAUGAACCCUAAGAUAUCUGACUUCGGCAUGGCAAGGAUAUUUGGAGGGGACGAAUCGGAAGUAAACACCAAGAGAGUCGUCGGAACAUACGGAUACAUGUCUCCCGAAUACGCCAUGGAUGGAAUCUUCUCCGUGAAAUCUGAUGUGUUCAGUUUCGGCGUGUUGGUACUUGAGAUCAUCAGCGGCAAAAAGAACAGAGGAAUCUAUGACUCGUCUCGCAGCCUCAAUCUUCUGGGAUACACGUGGAGCCUAUGGAGAGAAGGUAAAGGCCUCGACUUGGUCGACGAAGCCAUCGGCGACUCGUACCCCAAGGCGGAAGUCUUGAGGUGCAUGAAGGUCGGCCUUCUGUGCGUUCAGGAGCGACCGGAGGACCGACCGACGAUGUCGUCGGUGCUGUUCAUGUUGGGAAGCGACAGCGCGCUGCUGCCGCAGCCGAGGCAACCGGGCUUUGUUGCCAUGAGAGGGCCGCUGGACCCCGAUUCCUCGAGGAGCAAGCAGGACUCGUUGUCCAUCAACAACGUGUCGGUCACGAUGUUUGAAGGUCGAUGAUGAAUGCCCCAAAUAAACAUAACAACGAAAUGAAGUAGAAUCGAAUCCUGCAAGAGCUGUUAGACUAAUUGGUGCUACUAAUUGAUGCCAGGACAACAUGAUAACGAAACAAAUAUCUCAAUAUUCUCGACGAUGUAAAUAUUGGCAUCGAAAUGUUCUCAGUUAUUGAAGACUGCCUUUUGCACA